UGAAUCCCGCGACUCCUCCCUCCGUUCCCGAAAGCGAGAGCGGAGCCUGGGCGGCUCAUUCGCCUGGCCGGGGCGCCCAGCCCUCCGCCGCCUGGUCCCCUGUAGGUCGCCCAAGCCCUCUGCUCGCCCAAGCGCCCGCCGAUGUCUCCGAGGCACCAAAGGCGUUGCUAGGGGAAGUUGGGUUGGAGGGGGAGGGGGGCUUUUUCCCCUGCCCCCUCCCGAUCAUCCAUCCUGGUUCUUCCGAUGUGCAUCUUGGCUCGCCGGCAACGUGGCAGCGGGACUGUUCUCGCCUCUCCGACUUGGCGGGCAUCUCCGCGCUCCUCUCACUUCCCCGUCCCUUCCUUCGGCUGCCGACGAUUUAAAAGCGGGGGGUGGGGGGUCUUCUCCACCAUGCCUGCGAAGACCACCGGUGAAGAAGCGGGCCUCCUUCCCCCCCGGAAAGCGAUGACUUAGUUGGAGAAGGGGGGUGGCGAGAAGGCGAAGAGGCCGGAGGAGCCCCUCCGUCCAGGAAGCCGGGCAACGAUGAGUUUCGCCAAGGAGAACGGGAUGGGCAGCUUGUGCCACAAGGCGCUGCAGAUCAUCUCCGAGCUGUGCCUGGGAGGCCAAGUGGAGCUGGAGAAGUGCUCCGGCAUCUUCCCGCUGGAGACCACCAACCAAGACAUCUCGGUCAGCCUGUUGGCAGUCGUCGUCAGCUUCUGCGGGCUCGCCUUGCUGCUCGUCUCCCUGUUCGUCUUCUGGAAGUUGUGCUGGCCAUGCUGGAGGAGCAAGCCGAUGUGUUCAAAUCCCACCACCAUCCCUCAGAGCACCUCUAGUGCUCCCGCAGAGGUUUUGGAAACUAACGAGAAAGAGAAAAAGGAAAAGGAAAUUAUUAAACAAAACGAAAAGCCCCCAACAAAGACCAUGGAGGCAGCAAUGAAAAUUAGCCACACAUCGCCGGAUAUUCCAGCUGAAGUCCAGAAUGCCCUGAAAGAGCAUUUAAUAAGACAUGCCCGAAUGCAAAGGCAGAUCACAGAGCCCACGUCCUCAUCAAGGUUUUGCUACCUUGGCUCUCAUGAGAACCAGCAGACAUCGCCUCCCUUGAGUGCCAGGAGAGCUCAUUGCAGCGAAGGCACACCCAAUGACUUCUGGGUCCCAGUGGCAGAUGGGGUCAUACAUGAAAGCAUAGAUUUGGGGGAGAUCAUGUUCUCUCUUUGUUAUUUGCCUACUGCGGGAAGGAUGACCCUCACUGUCAUAAAGUGCAGAAAUCUCAAAGCCAUGGACAUCACCGGAUCAUCAGAUCCAUAUGUCAAAGUAUCCCUGAUGUGUGAUGGCCGCCGAUUGAAAAAGAGGAAGACAACAAUAAAGAAAAACACCCUCAAUCCCGUAUACAGUGAGGCCAUCAUCUUUGACAUCCCUCCAGAGAACGUGGACCAGGUCAGCCUCUCCAUCGCCGUUAUGGACUAUGACCGAGUAGGACACAAUGAGGUAAUCGGGGUCUGUCGGAUUGGACUUGAUGCAGAAGGCCUUGGAAGAGACCACUGGAACGAAAUGCUGGCAUAUCCCCGCAAACCUAUAACUCACUGGCACCCUUUGGUUGAGUUGCCAGGCCAAGCAACCAGUUUUGACAGUCAAGGAUCUUGUUCAUCACCAAAACCACCACUUACGCCCUAGACUGACCAAUGGCUUCCUGAUGUCCAGCGUAAGGAGCUCUUCAUACUUAUAUCAUGACUGAAGGUUUGGCUCCAACCGAUGAACGGUGUCCAUGCUUCUGCAUUGCAACAUGUUGUAACUCUACUAUAUCAUUCCAUUGUUUCAAAUUUUUAACGUCCCAUUGACUUUCACUUGAGCACUUACUUGUGGAUGUCAUGAAAAAUCAGAGGUUAGUUAUCAUCUGUUCUUGGUGCGAACAAGGUCUUGGAACCAGCGUAACCUUUCAUGACUGCGCAAAUUGUGUCAUUUUCUUUUACGUUCAGUCCAACUUUUUAAAUACAUUAUGCACUGAGUAAAUAAUCAGUAGCCAAUUGUGGCUUUCUGAUACAAGUUCCUGUACGAUGCAUGUCUGUGAAUGUCUUUCAUACUUUACAUUUUAGGAGUAUGCCUGUCUUUCUCACAAUGGUCUGAUCACACACAACAAGUUUCUGAAUGUUCUCUGGUUUCUGGGCCUCCAAUACAGGGUGGGAUUCAAAGAGAAGCACACAGAACUGCAUCUCACGUACUAAGAUUUCCAAGAAUCUUCCUACCCUCUGCAUCUACUUUGACUCAGCCAGAAGCUACUCCAAGAACUUGGGAAAGCUGUUGCCUCUGAAUAGGUCACUACUGUUUGAACUGGUGUGGAGUUUGAGGUCAAGGCAGCCACACAGCAUAGAGACAGCAGCAAGGGAAAGGCAGGUAAUGGGUGUUUUAUCCUCUCCGUGUUGCUAUCCUGCCGCAAAAGCUGAUUUUCUCCUCUCUGGCCAGUCACUUAAGUAAAACUACAAUUGUUCAGCAACUAAUGGCCCACCUGGUAAUUCUUCAUGCCUCGGGCAGGUUUCUUAUUUUUCUCCCAAGGUGGGGCUUAUUACAGUUUACAUAUAAAUGUACACAAAAGUAAUGUGUGAAAGGGUUCUUGUCAGCUGGGUGCGUAAGAAUCUAAAGUCUUUAACAUUUGUAGUUUAGGCUAUAUUAUGCCAAUCUGAGAGCUAUAUCAAAGUGAUUCUGAUGGCUAUCGGGGAGAACCUUCAGUGCCCGCCAUUACAGGAGACACAGAUCUUCAUGCCAGUAAUGUGAGAAGACUGGAGUACCUCUUUCAAAAUGGCACCCGGCUACGUCUUGUUCUGGGAUGGGGUGUCAUGGGUUAUCACCACCUAGAAAGCUGCUGCUUCUUGUCUAUAUAGCCCCUUUUCUAAACAUUUCCAGAAAUGAGCAAAGCAUGGCCUAGGGGCUGCCGGAAACAAUGACUGGCUACCACAUCCAGACAAACUUUGUGGCCCACUGCAUGGGUGUGGACCACUCCAAAUAUUGUGGUCUUGAUUACAGUAUUAAUCCUGUGACUGGGCCUGCUCAAGAGAAGCAAUUGUUGCAGUGGGUGUUUGGAGAGAUCAGGGAUCCUUCCUCCUCAGGGGGACUGUUCCAGAAGGCAUGAACCAGCAUUACAGGAUCCCACUUCAACACUGAAUCAUCUCUGCUGGAGAAAUCACCCUGAAAUUUGCACUUACAACAAAGUACACGGUCAGACCAGAUACUUCACUUGUGGAAACGUAUGGAGAUUGGCUUCAUGCAGAUGAAAAUAG